AUGGAUAUAUAUUUGGAAACAAUCAUGGAUGAGUGCGAGAAAAUUGAAAAAGAUGAAGAAAUUGAGUUGUGGAAGAGGAAAUAUUCAGAUUUAGAAACUCAAUUUGUGGUUCAGAAACAAGAUUUGGUUGAAUUGAAAGAUUAUAAAACUAAGUAUGAUGGUUUAUGCGAAGAGAUUCAGGAGAAUAAGAUUGUGAUUGAGGAGGGUAAGAAAAGAGUUUCUAAAGCUGAAAAUGAGCUUGAUAAGUACAAGACAUUGUAUGACAAAUUGAACAUAUGUAUUCAGGACUGCAAGAGACGGUUUACGGAGAAUGGGAUAUAUGAACUUGAUUUGGAGAGAAAGUUGCAAGAUUAUGAGACUCAGUUUACUGUGGAGAUUACAAAACUUGUAAAUGAGCUGAAUGGGUAUAAAAGUAGGUGGCGUGCUCAGCUUGGCAGGCAUAUUAAGAUUUUAGGGGAAGAAGUUAAGGAGACUACAAUUGAUCAAAGAGAAGAAUGUAAUCGACUUUAUAGUGUGAUUGAGUCUUUGGAGCGUGAUAUAAGAGUGGCUGAGGAUGAAAUCAAUGAUUUGCAGACGGAGUACAGGGGAUUAAAGAGUCGGUCAGCUUCGUGGAAGAAAGAAUUAGAUUUAUAUAGAGCUAUGUGCGGUGGUUCAUUGGUGGAGCUUAUUAAGGACAAGAAAAUGCAAUCUGUAGGUUAUGAGAAGGAGCUUGAAGUCUACAAAACGUCUAACAAUAGACCGAGAGAGGAAAUUAUGGUUCUAGCUGAAGCUCGAAAGAUAAUGUCUAAAGGAAAAAAGAUAGCAGAAGAGAACCUCGCAUGCUCGAAAGGUGAUGUGAUAGGAAGUUACCCAGUUUUCAGAAAGUUGGAGCGUGGUAAAAGAGUGGCUGAGGAUGAGACCGAAGAUUUAAAGACGGAGUUUAGGGAAUUAAAGAAAGAACUAGAGGGAUAUAAAGCUAAGUGUGAUAGGUUGUCGGCGAAGCUUGAGAAAAAGAAAAUGCAACGUGUUCGUUAUAAGAGUAAAUUGAAGAAUGUAACUUUGGUUAGAGAUGCUUUGGAGAAGGAGCUUGAAGGUUACAAAACGUCUAACGAUGGGCGGAAAGAGGAUAUUAUGGGUCUAACUGAAGCUCGAAAGUUAAUAUGUGAAGCAGAAAAGGGAGCAGAAGAAAAACUCACAUGCUUUGAGGUAAUGGUACCUUAUCAGAUGGAAGGUGACAAACAAGAGGUACCUAUGCAGGACUUGAGGCUCAAACCAAAUUCAACUGGUGACGGGUCUGAUAAGGAGAUUAGUCGAAACCUGAAUAUUUUAACUGCCAACACAACUAAAAGAUGUUCAGAUAAUCAUAAGUAUAUGCCACCUUUAAAAAGGUCAUUUUCCAGAGAGGAAAGUGGCAUUAGUUCUGGUGGGAAUUUUAUCGGAUCAUCUUCAGCACCUAAAAGAUUGAGGGUCUCGGAGAAUUUCACCGGUAUUAGUGAGAAUGUGGAAGAUGAUAAUCAUCAGUCUGGUGGCAACAGAAUGUUGAAUGUGAACAAGAGGAAGGAGGACGUGGGUAUGAAGAGUGCAAGUAUUUCUUCUGGCGGUGCUUCUGGUUCUUCUCGUCCUAUAUCUGCUGGGUUUGAUAUUUGUGACAGGUCUGGUGAGGAUUCAGUAGUUAGUAGCAUCACUGUUCCUGCUCGUCUUGAUCAACAGAAGUCUAUUGUUGUGUAUCGUGCUAUUCCUGUGUGGGGUAGAUAUAGUUCUCUUGUAAAUGAGGCAGAAGAUGGCGAUGCUUCGAGUGAUAGUGUUGAUAAGGAAAUAGAAGUUGAAUUGGAACCUUCAAAAGUAUUACAGAUUGCUGGUAGGACUGAGUUGGAAAACAGUGUGGUCAAAUAUGUUGAUGGUAGUUCGAAGAUCUUGAAUGAGCCUGUUGUAUUCUCUUCUUGGGCUAAGGUGGUGGCGGAUAUAGUCGCCAAUGGAGAACAAGUCUCCUAA